UCAAUUCCCCUCCUCAACUCUCACACUUCCCAAUCACCUUAGAUGUACGCUUACGAUUAAAUCACACAGUAUUUGCCACCACCUGAUUAUAUCCAAUCUUCUAUAAAUAUACAAACACGCACAAACUCUCCCUCCUAUCCUCUCACCUUCACUUCCAUCCCUCUCCAUCUUCUCCAACAACAACCAUAUAAAGAAAAAAACACCUUGCAUCCCAUUCUAGUCUUGUAUAUACAAUUAAUAUUAUACAUAAACACACACACAUUCAUUUAUAUAUAUAUUUAUUAGGGUUGUUCAUCAUUUUAGGGGAGAGAGAGAGAGAAUUCGAUCAACACCAUGAGCCCGACACAAUUUACGAAGAGGGACAUGAAUGGGUUGUGCCCAUCUCCUCUAAAAUUAACGAGAGACUCGCAUUUCAUCAAGAAAUCACCACCCACCUCUUCCUCAUCCUCCAAAUCAUCCUUAGUCAAUCCGGGGAUGGCCACAACCAAGCCUCAGCCGCGCCAUCCGGUGAUCAUAUACACACAUUCUCCCAAGAUUAUACACACGCACCCUCGUGACUUCAUGGCAUUGGUGCAGAAACUCACCGGGCUCACGCGGUCCGAGGACGAUACAGCUGCUGAUCAUCAAGCUAUGGCGAAACCGGGAAAAGAUAGGUGGAAGCAGGAUGAUCAUACAACGACGUCGUCCACCCAUGUCAGCAAUGAUGACAGUGAAUCGUCUUCGGUUAUCACGGAUGAGAUUGGGAGCAGUGUGGGGGAUGUUCAGGUGAAUUCGAGCCCGGUGGUGCCUCCUCUUUUUGAUCCUCCAAAUCCAUGUUUCAACAAUAUCCCACCGGUUUUUGGAAAGAACCCUAAUGAUUUCUUGUGCUCCAAUCAACCUCCAUUUUACAACUACACAGAUUCCUUGUUUUUAAUGCCUAAUAUGAGAAAUUCUCUCUCAUUUUCUUCCACUUUGGAAGACAUCAAAGAGUGUAGAGAGUUUUAAAGAUUUAAUAAUUUGAAUUUUAGUAAUGGUAAGAAGAUCCUUUCUUCUCUCUUUUUUCUUUUUCUUUUUUCUUCAGAUUUCACAGAAAUAAAAGUUUUGGUUUUUAUUUUAUUUUAUAAAACAUGAAAAUUAAAGGUGAUUUUCUCAAUCACUUUUCCAGACAUAUUAUAUAUAGUUGUUGAAUAAUCAGAUUCUUUUAAAAUUAAUUUCGUGGUGUUGUUUCCUUUUUGAUUCAAUAUAUUGUGUUUUC